AUGGAAUUCGCUGGUCCAGAACCAGAAGUCCCGUGGGAUAUCGAGGGAGAGGUUCCCGUGCUACGAAGCGACCCUUACCUCGUCGACUUCACCCAGCUGGGAGACCAGAUCUAUUUCUACGCCACUCCUGCGGAAGCAUCGAAAACAGAGAUCGAUGGCCACGCUGGAACCCCGGGUGGAGAACAACAGCAGCAGCAGCCCCAAGAGCAAGAAGAGAAACCACCGGUCGCCGACCCAGACCUGAUCAUCGUCUGCUCGUGGAUGUACGCCCAGUCGCGCAAUAUUGUCAAAUACACCAAGCAGUAUCAGACGCGGUAUCCGUCGUCGCCGAUCCUGCUCCUGCGACAAGACGGGGGGGACUUCUUCUUCCGCACGCAGGCCCAGCAGAUGCGGAACCUGGAGCCGGCGGUGUCGCUGAUUCGGGAUCUCGAGGCGGCGGCGGCGGCGGCGACGGCGACAAAGAUGAAGGAAACGACGGGGAAAGAAACUGGUGGUGAGAGAGAGAAGGAGUUCAAGGUCCUGAUGCACAUCUUCUCCAACGGCGGCGCGUGGAGCGCGUGUCAACUUGCAGAUGCCAGCAGCAACCGCCGUGCUCUCCUCUUCCGACGAAGCACCCCACCACCACCACCACCUCCUCCUCCCCAUCACCGCCCUCAUACUAGACAGCACGCCCUCCCUCCCAGACCCGACGCCGCCCACACCGCCAUCUGCGAAGCCCUGCCCAAAUCGCCCGCGGUGGUACGCGCGCUCGGCAGCGCCCUAGUAUGGGGAUACCUGGGCGUCACACACGCAGUGGAAGUCGUGACGGGGCACGAGAACGUGACGCUGUCGCUGCGGCGCCGGCUCAACGACCCACGCGGCGCUUUCUGUCGCUGUCACCGCGCCUACAUCUACAGCCAGGCCGACGCGCUCAUUCCGGGGCCAGACGUGGAAUCGCACGCCCGCGAGGCUGCGCAGGUUCUGCCUGGUGGUCCCGACAUGGUGCGGCUCGAGGAUUUUGUCGUCUCGCGCCACGUCGGGCACGUCUUGGCCGAUCCCGUCAGGUACUGGGCCAUUGUCGCCUCGGUUUGGGAAGAGGCGACGCGGUAG